AUGGGAUCUCAACCCUCCAAGCCUGCGGAAACCAAGGUCUUUACCCCAAAGACUCAAGUCGAUUUCACUAGCACGCUACUUGCUCAGCUCGAACAGUCUACGGAAGGCGAUUUUUCCCGACAACAAUUAGCGAACAAAUAUUUAGAACAAAGAGUAUCUGAGAAGCUUGCUCAACUCGAAGAAGAGACUCUGAAGAAAUUUGAAGACAAGCUCAACACUUCCCUGCUAGCAGACAAUGGGAACUCCGACUCUGAGCUCUCUUCCAAAGGAUUGAGUGAGAAAGUUGCCUCACUCAACAGCCAUUUGGCAAAACUGAAGGAAGCACAGUCUGCUAGAAGCUCAGACGAGACGCUGAAAAGUUCUAAGGAAGCGCUCAGCAAAUGCCUCAGGGAUAAUGAGGGGAAGCCCCUAAACUGCUUUGAGGAGGUGCAAAAUUUCAAGAAGGUUGCUCUUCAACAGUAG